UGCUUCUUCUGCAUGAGUUUAGCUGAAGGAUGCUCUGCAUUUCCUUGAUUUCUAUGGAGACCUCAGAGCCGGGUUUGCCCCUGCUGACACCUCGUCUUGCACCUUCUCUACCUCCCAAGGUCUUUGUCUCUGUCGAUAGCCUGGCAUCACCCCUGGGUCCAGGAGGCCUGUGAUGAACUUAAGGGGAGAGCCUGGAGAAUCACCCUGGUAGGCUUUGAGCGGCAAUGGCUGGACAUACGUCAAGUCACGUGUUAACAUGGGUCAAGACGUCACUAGAAGGCAAGUGCUAAGACUAAAGGCUUAUUUGCAUUUUAUUUAAAUAUGAUGGACGGAGCUUUGGACAAUUUCCAUGGCAGAAACAUAUAUUCCAUUUUCUAGGCACAACUGCUGGCUGUCAGAUACUUGCUGCCUUUGAAUCGAGCAGCAUCAUCACCAACCACAUCCUAAAUGUAUUUCCGAAUUUGAAGAUCCACCCCAAGACAGGUGUUUGGGAGACCCGGCCAUUUUCUGACUUAGGCUUGAGAGUGCAAGGCUGUGUAUCUAGAGCAGCCAAGUUCUAGAGAGCAGUGUUGAAUCCCUGGGAAGAGAGAGCAUGGGGCGUGCUGGUUUAAAAACAGAAAAUGCAAAGUUGGACUGAAAAUAUCCCUAGUCUUCCAAGCAAUCUGCUUAAGGGUUCCAAACUUACCUUAAUUUGGUGAGAAGAGAAGCUGCCCUAUUUUCCUUUCUUCUUCUUCUACAACUGGAGCCAGCCAUUUCCAAAGGCCGCCACCAUGGAGGUUGCGAUGGUGAGUGCGGAGAGCUCAGGGUGCAACAGUCACAUGCCUUACGGGUACGCGGCCCAGGCCCGGGCGCGGGAGCGGGAGCGCCUGGCCCACUCGAGGGAGCCUCCGAGCGGCCGGGGCAGUCGCAGGAGGCGGCCGCCGCGGCCGGAGAAGAGGAGGGUCCACCACCGCCAGAGCGGCUUCCCUCACUGCUCCGACCUGAUGCCCAGCGGCUCUGAGGAGAAGAUCCUGAGGGAGCUGAGCGAGGAGGAGGAGGACGAGGACGAGGACGAGGAGGACGAGGAGGAGGAGGGCAGGAUCUGCUGCAGCGAGGACGCCCGCGGGGACGAGUGCUCCUACACGGACCUGCUGCCCCAGGAGGACGGCGCCGGCGGGGCCUACAGCGCCGUGCGCUACAGUGACUGCUGCGAGCGCGUGGUCAUCAACGUGUCCGGCCUGCGCUUCGAGACCCAGAUGAAGACCCUGGCCCAGUUUCCGGAGACGCUGCUGGGGGACCCUGAGAAGAGGACGCAGUACUUUGACCCUUUGCGGAACGAGUAUUUUUUUGACAGGAACAGGCCUAGCUUUGAUGCCAUCUUAUAUUAUUACCAGUCGGGAGGCCGCCUGAAGAGGCCGGUCAACGUGCCCUGUGACAUCUUCACUGAGGAGGUGAAGUUCUACCAGCUGGGGGAGGAGGCCCUGCUCAAGUUUCGGGAGGACGAGGGCUUUGUGAGAGAGGAGGAGGACAGGGCCUUGCCGGAGAACGAGUUUAAGAAGCAGAUUUGGCUCCUCUUUGAGUAUCCGGAGAGCUCCAGCCCCGCGAGGGGCAUAGCCAUCGUCUCCGUCCUGGUCAUCUUAAUCUCCAUUGUCAUUUUCUGCCUGGAAACCUUGCCUGAGUUUAGGGACGACAGGGAUCUCAUCAUGGCCCUGAGUGCGGGUGGGCACAGCGGGUCGUUGAAUGACACCUCGGCACCCCCCCCGGAGAACUCGGGGCACACUAUCUUCAACGACCCCUUCUUCAUCGUGGAGACGGUCUGCAUUGUUUGGUUUUCCUUCGAGUUUGUGGUUCGCUGCUUUGCUUGUCCCAGCCAAGCACUCUUCUUCAAGAACAUCAUGAACAUCAUUGACAUUGUCUCCAUCUUGCCUUAUUUCAUCACACUGGGCACCGAUCUGGCCCAGCAGCAGGGCGGGGGCAACGGUCAGCAGCAGCAGGCCAUGUCCUUUGCCAUCCUCAGGAUCAUCCGGCUGGUCCGAGUGUUCCGGAUCUUCAAGCUUUCCAGACACUCCAAGGGCCUGCAGAUCCUGGGCCACACCCUCAGAGCCAGCAUGCGGGAACUGGGCCUCCUGAUCUUCUUCCUCUUCAUCGGGGUCAUCCUGUUUUCCAGCGCUGUGUAUUUCGCGGAGGCGGAUGAACCUACCACCCAUUUCCAAAGCAUCCCAGAUGCAUUCUGGUGGGCUGUGGUGACCAUGACGACUGUGGGCUAUGGGGACAUGAAGCCCAUCACUGUGGGGGGCAAGAUCGUGGGGUCCCUGUGUGCCAUUGCGGGUGUCCUGACCAUCGCUUUGCCUGUGCCCGUCAUUGUCUCCAACUUCAACUACUUCUACCACAGAGAGACUGAGAACGAGGAGCAGACACAGCUGACACAGAAUGCAGUUAGUUGCCCGUACCUCCCUUCCAAUCUGCUGAAGAAAUUCCGGAGCUCUACUUCUUCUUCCCUGGGGGACAAGUCAGAGUAUCUAGAGAUGGAGGAAGGAGUUAAGGAAUCUCUCUGUGCAAAGGAGGAGAAGUGUCAGGGAAAGGAGGAUGACAGUGAGACAGAUAAAAACAACUGUUCUAAUGUGAAGGCUGUGGAGACCGACGUGUGAAUCUCGCUCUCCGCCCGCCACAGUCCCUCCCCCAUCCCCAGCAUCUCCAAAUAUAUUUAUGCAUAGAGAGUGCAGUUAUGAAAAUGAAAUAUGCAAAUGAAGCCAACGCAUACAGUAGUACGCCAUUUAAUGGUUAUACAUGGCAUAAUUGUUACUAAACUUGUCUUACAUAUCAAAUAAAUGAUACAUCUUGGAGAAGAGGGAGGCUUAAAUAGGAGCAAAUCUAUCUUUAUAUUUUUUAUUAGAAUGCAAGAAUUUUGCACAUUAACUGGAAAAGAUGUUAAACAUAAAGGUGGUUCCAUGGAGAGAACGUGUUUGUGUGCGUGCGUGCUGCGUGCGUGUGUGUGUGUAAAUAAAUUGUCAACGUUGUUAGUAAUUGUGCAGUGAUGGGAAAAGUUGGCAUUUUGAGUAUUUACUAUGUAAGAACUGAUGAACUCGAGCAGUCAUUUUCAGUGCUUUUAUAGCCUCUCACGUCUUUGGAUUCCAUAGUUGUUGUUUUUUAAAAAUUGUGAGAAUUACUAUGUAGAAAAAAAAAGAAAGUGAAUUAUUUAAUAGAAUAUAGGUCACAGUUUUAUCAUGGAUUUAAUUAAAGUUUAUUUUUAACUGGAAAUUAACUUUUAAAAAG